AUGCGACGUCUCCACCACUGUCCAUCGUCCCUUUGUGCCACUAUCCCUCCGCAGCAAAGUCUUCUCCUCCCUACACAACCUUUCUCACCCUGGGAGUCGAGCUACAGACAAGCUGAUUUCCGACCGCUUCGUUUGGUCUGGGAUGCACAAGGACCUGAAAGCAUGGACACGGGGUGUUUUGGCUGUCAACGAAAUAAGGUCCAACGGCACAACAAAGUUCCCAUUGGCACCUUUCCUACUCCGAAUGCCCGGUCCAGCCACGUUCACCUAAACAUCGUAGGCCCUCUGCCUCUGUCCAAUGGCUGUUCCUAUCAGCUUACCUGCGUGGAUCGAUUCAACCGGUGGCCGGAAGCCAUUCCCCUGCCUGAUGCCGCUGCUCCAACGGUUGUCAAGGCUUUCCUCGGCCGUCGGGUUGUCAUUUUCGGUGCUCCUUCCACUAUCACGACCGAUCGCGAUGGCCAAUUUGAAUUCAACCUCUUCCAGUCUCUUCUCUCCUUUUUGGGCUGUACUCGCGUCCGCACUACAGCCUAUCAUCCGGCAGCCAGUGGGAUGAUCGAGCGGUUUCCUCGUCAGCCGAAGGCCUCCUUAUGCGCCACAUACGAUCCGGAGAACUGGACAGACCACCUCCCCCUGGUCCUGCUGGGCAUUCUCUCCUCUCUCAAGUUGGACCUUGACUGUUCCGCUGCUGAACUCGUGUUCGGUGCUACCGUCCGACCUCCCGAUCAGAUGAUCUCGCCAAUCCCGUGA